AAAGGAGAGUCGUUAUCCAGCGGGGUCGGUGCACUUGGAGACAGGUCAUUUUUGAGUAAUCCUCAGCUGAAGAAAGGAAAGGCCACGGCUUUCAGAACUCGAGCCAUUGCAGUCUACCAGUAAGAACUUGUACAGGGACAAAGCUGUAAAAGAAAUGGCCACAGGACUAAUUUCUCCAAAUGUACUCUCUGAUGAGGAGGAGGUUGGCGUUUGGGAAUCAACUGCUGUUGAUGCAGUGAACGGUGCUGUUGUGAACAAACAAUUGUUGCCAGAACUCUCUGUCAUCUCACCAGGAACCAACACGCCAAAUUGCCAUGAUGCUGGGCAAACCCUUGUGCAGACUUUUCCAGAAGACAGAGUGAAGGUUUACCUCCGGAUUAGACCAUUCACUGAAACCGAGCUUGAGAAAGGAGAAUCACAGGGUUGUAUUUGCAUUGAGGAUUCUGAAACACUUGUGCUGCGAGCUCCCAAGGACUCAUUUGCCAUGCGGAGUUCUGAACGGGGGAUUGGCCAGGCUGUGCAUAAAUUCACCUUCUCUCAGAUAUUUGGUCCUGAGACGAGCCAGAAAAUGGUCUUUGAUGUUGGCAUGAAGAGCUUAGUAAAGGAAGCACUGGAGGGACAGAAUUGCUUGGUUUACACCUAUGGCGUAUCAAACUCUGGAAAAACACAUACCAUUCAAGGCAGCAGGCAUGAUAAUGGAAUUCUGCCUCGAUCAUUGGCAGUGAUAUUCAGCAGCAUCCAAGGAAAACUAUAUCCCAGGAUGGACCUGAAACCUAACCUCUGUAACGAUGUAAUUAAGCUGGAUAACAAAAUGGUGAGACAAGAAGAGCUGAAGAAACUCUCAUUACUGGGUGUUGUCAGAGAGGACGAUCUGCAAACUCCACUGAAGAAGAACAUCAGCACAGAGGUUACACUGAGGGCAGGUCUUAGCUGUGAUUCUGAUAGUGGCAUUGGUGGUAUGUCCUCUGUCAGUAAUUUGGAAGAGUCUGCAUCCCGCUGGGCUGAUCAUGAUACAGUUGUUCUCCGCCAGGAACAGAACAUACAUUACUCGAUUUGGGUUUCCUUCUUUGAGAUUUACAACGAACUCGCCUAUGACUUGUUGGACACUGCCCCUGCGGCAAACCGCAAACGACAAACGUUAAAACUCUGUGAGGAUAAGAAUGGAAAUACCUAUGUAAAAGAUCUGACCUGGAUCAAUGUGAUUGAUGCAGAAGAAGCUUGGAAAAUUCUCAAAAUUGGCCAUAAAAAUCAAAGCAUGGCCAGCACUCACAUAAACCAAAACUCCAGCAGGAGUCACAGUAUUUUCUCUAUUCGGAUCCUGCAUGUGUCUGAAGAUUGGAAGUCUGUUCUUAAGAAAAGCGAACUGACUUUGUGUGACCUGGCGGGCUCAGAACGCUGCAAAGAACAAAAAUGUGGUGAAAGGAUGAAGGAGGCAACUAACAUCAACACCUCCCUGCACACACUAGGCAGGUGCAUCAGUGCUCUGCGCCAGAAUCAGCAGGUCAAGUCAAAGCCUAAUAUGGUGCCCUUCAGGGACAGCAAAUUGACUCGUGUGUUCCAAGGGUUUUUCUCUAACCAUGGGAAGUCCUGUAUGAUCGUCAACAUUAAUCAGUGUGCAUCCAUGUAUGAUGAAACACUGCAAGUCAUGAAAUUCUCUGCAAUUGCCAGCCAGCUGAUACAGGCACCUUCAUCGAAGCUGUUUCCUACUUUCCGGUCACUACUCCGAGAGCACGAUGGCUGGAACAACUGCAAUGCUCAAGAACCUCUUGAAGAACAGGAGGAAUUGGAUGAUGAGGAGGAUGAUAGUGAAGAUGAGACUGAUAUCAGUAUGCUGGAUAAGGAGUCAUUGCAGAAAAUUGUUGAGGGCCUGCAGCGACACCUGAUUAAGGAGAAGCAGGAGAAACUCUUGAUGGAAAGUGAGAUCAGGCAAAAUGUUGUCAGUGAAAUGAUGGAACAAUACAACACCAUGGAGAGGCACUGGAGAGAGCAACUUGAGGAACAAAAAGAUCGUCUAGAAGAUGCCUUUGAAGCAAAGAUGAAAAACUAUCAAGAGUAUGUGAAAAUCUAUUAUCAACUAUCUUCCGAAGAAGGGGAUUCCGAUGAUUCUGGUGAUGAAAUGUAUGAUGGUAAAGCAAUGUCACAGAAAAUCAGAGAUCUAGAGGCAACUAUUCAGCAGUUGAAGGCAGAGAGAAAGUCCACUGGCAAACCGACAAGGCAAUCUACUCGCUUGGCCAAUACGAAACUCAGUGAUGAACUGCACAAUCUGAAACUGGAAUUGGUGAAUGUAAAAACUGAGCUGGAGCAAAGCAAAGCAGAAGCAGCAAUCAGUGCAGAAGAAUUGAAGCGAUACAGGGACCUGGUUGAACUUCCACCUGGAAUGAAGCAUCUCACAGUUGAUGCAGACCGGAAACUAGAAGCAGGACAGAGGAAUGCAAAGGCCCUGCAGAACGAGCUACAGAAAAUAGGCCAGGCUCUUCAGUCAUCAGAAAGAGCAUGUUGCCAUAACACUGGAGCAGAAAACUUACGGCGUACUCUAGCCAAAUGUGAAGACCUCAUAGUAAAACAGGAUCAAACCUUGGAAGAUCUGCAGAAACUGAUGAUUGUGAUAAAAUUGGAUCUGAAGAAAAAAAAUGCCUGCAUUGCUGAGCAGUAUCAUACAGUCCGCCAGCUUAGGGCAGGUCCAGGCUGCAAUAAGCGUCGCUGUGCUGGCAAUAUUGAAAAUCAACCACCCCCAGGGAAAAGACCAUUCCUAACUGGUCUCCUGACUCCACUGAGGCUUGCCCAGAAGCAGGGCAGUAACACUCCUUCCAGUUGUAUUUUGCGAUCUCGGGCCAAACUGGAUAAGACAUCGCACCUCUCGAGGGCACAAUAUCAAGUAAACUAUUAGGGAAGUUGUGGGAGGGGGGGUUUGUAGACCAUUUAUUUGGAAAUUAGAUCCAACUAAAAAUAUUUACACAGUAAUUACUCUCACAAUAAGUGUGUUCUGUUUUUAUAACCCUUCAAUUAUUCAACUUUUGGCAAAGAUUUGUAUGGAAUCAGGAAUGGUAUGCUGGGAAAUUUGUGCCAGAAGUUUUAUGAUGUGUUUACUUUGUAAGUAUCUUGUGUACUAUGCUGCUUGAAGAAUCCACUCUUCAACCUGUUUUUUUUUGUGUCCGGCCAGUAUUUGUGGUUUGGAGUUCUACUCCACGAGUCAACCAAUAAAGAAUUAAGAAACAGGAGACUUUAUUAAUGCAUUAGAUAUUUUGUAGGGAAGUGUGUAAGGGUAAGUAUAGGUAGAGAUUAUCUUCAAUAUCUUGACAGAUUAAGUUGAAAACAAAAGUAUUAGGAUUUAGAAUUUCCUUUGUUAGCCUGAUGUUUCAUAUCGAAGAUUUGGGAAGGUUUUAUUUGGGUAUAGCUUUGGAUCUUGAUAUUUUGCAUCUGCUGUAUGUGGAAAUAGUCAAGCUAUUUAGCCUUUAACACUUUUGUCUCUUUUUGUUAUGCUGUUAACCAAGUUUCAAGAAGCCAUAUUUGUGUGUGGUGUGUUUCCUGUAUAUUCCAAAGAUAUUUGAGGGGAAAGUUUUGCACCAAAAAAAUGUAAAUUCAGUCUGUGUCCCAUUUCUUUGAGCUUCCACAUUCUUCAUCUGGAAGUUUGAGCAGUUCUGUUAGUGCCUUAUAUAUUGCUGAAUGUAUUGCAAAAUGCUUUGUUCCUCUGUGUAUGGUUUAAUGGUUAAACAUGAGUGGUGUUCACGCUAAUGCAACUACUAGAACUUCUACAGUAAUGGUGUAGAGUGCCAGAAAACUAGCUUUGAAAAUUCAGUAAAGAUGCUCAUUUGAUCAUUAUUUUAAAAAUGAUUAGAAAUGUCCAACUACAAGAAAUUUUAAGACAGUACAGUACUUGCUGUGUAUAUAAUCAUUUUGCUCGGAAAUUUUUUUCCCAGUUUUGAUUUAAGCAGCCUCUCAAAUGGAUUCCUACUGUGUAUGUAAUCCUUGGGCUACAUGAGUCAUUGUGCCUGACCUACCAAAAAAAAUGAAGUAAAACUCAACAUUUAAGCAAACUGUUUUUCCUCAUUUAACAAGGCACUUGCUGCAGCACAAUAGCAUGCAGGAUUUAGUUGACUAAGGCUAUUUGGCUUAUUCCAUAAGGUUAAAUGUGCCUUUUAAAAUAUAAAAGAUCACUACUCUUGUACUUUGCACAUUAUUGUAUUGCUAUAACUAUUUGAAUCUUUCUAUUGAAAUAUUUACUCUUUUACAUUCUUUUGUAUCUUGCUAUAUGCCUGUGAAAUGAGGGGAAUUAAAAUACUACAAAGUAA